AUGUGUGGAACUAAAUUUGACAUAACAUAUUAUGUACAUUGUCAUGAAAUCCAAUAUCCUAUAAGUAUUAACAAUAAUAAAUUGUCAUCAGGUCGCGCCCUUCUGGACCGGCUAACAAGCACGACAGUGAGCGAGGUCGAGUUCACAAGCGGGGCGACGAGCGGAGCGGCGAGCGGACUGCUCCCCGCGCCACUGGACGUCGCGCCCUACUCCGUGGUAGUCGCCAACGCCACCUGCGGGGAUGCCGGCGCUGAAGAGUACUGCAGAGAUACACCAGGGAAACGUGGUGUGGUGUGCGACGUGUGCGAGGGUAUCGGAGGCUCCUCAUCCCGGCGGCACCCGCCAGCUCACGCGGUGGACGGAGACCCCGCCACCUGGUGGCAGAGCCCGAGCCUCGCGGAGGGAGACUUCCAGCAUGUGGAGCUGGUCACCACGCUGCCUGAUAAAAUGGAGCUACUCCAUGUGAUCAUCAAGUCCGGGCCCUCACCGCGACCAUUGGCCUGGUCCCUGGAGGUGUCUUCCUCCGAAGAUGGUGACGACUGGAAGAUGGUGCGGGCGUUUGGGGACCGGGACCAUUGCCGUAAGCUCUGGGACCUGAGGCCAGAGAGAAGGAGACGGAAAGCUAGGGCUGCUAAAAGGACGAAUAGAGCUGAUAAACCAGCUUGUUCUACACAGUUCGCUAGCCCUAGACCACUGGAGAAUGGAGAGAUGCACGUCGGCAUGGGAGAGGGCGUGAUCGCUCGGCGCGUGCGCGUGUCGUUCCGCGCUGCGCACGCGUCGCCGCCGCGACACCAGUACUACACGGUGCGCGCGUUGACGAUAGCUGCGCGGUGCCUGUGUCACGGGCAUGCUUCUGAAUGUAACGUGGAUGCUCAGGGUGCAAAAUGCGAGUGCAUCCACGGCACCUGCGGCGUGCACUGCCAGCGCUGCUGUUCAGGCGGCGCGUGGUUUCCUCACCAGCCGUGCGAGGAGGACGACAGGACCGAGUGCUCCUGUGGGGAGCGGGGUGCUUGCUCCUAUGACGAUACCGGCGCCAUACUCUGUGUUAACUGCACGGAGAAUCGAGCCGGACCACUUUGCGAUCGAUGCUUGUUUGGGUAUUACAAUGCUUUGCCUGACAGUCCCUGCGUGCCUUGUGACUGCGAUCCACAGGGGUCUGAUGGUUCUUGCAAAUGGGACAAAAAGAACCAUCGGAUAUCGUGCACCUGUUUCCCGGGGUUUGAAGGUCACUUGUGUGAGGUGUGUGAAGACCCCACCGCCGUGUUCCCAGACUGUCAGACCCCCGUGACCCCAGCCUGCAGAUGUGACCCCAGGGGAGUGGUUGAUCCUAACCGGAUCUGUGAUGAUGUUUGUCAAUGUAAAGCAAAUGUGGUAGGUGAGAGAUGCGAUACCUGCGCACCGGGUCAUUUUGGGUUGAGUGCUGAACUUGUAGAUGGCUGCCGACCUUGCUACUGCUCCCAUGUCACCGACUCCUGUACCCUCGCGACUCCAGCAGAUCAGGAGCCUCCUAGAGACGUCAUUUUACCACUUGGCGAAGCUUGGCAGAUCUCGGACUCACAAGGAAACGCGACUCUAGAGCCAUCAGUCGAUGAAGAAGGAAAACCAUUUGUCAUUAGCUACGAGGUAGAAGGUUGGGAGUACUUCUACUGGAUGACCAGCUCGUUCAACGGAGAACAACUCUCCGCGUACGGAGGCGAAGUUCACGCCACUAUGUUCUGGGCCAUUGUUAGGGGAGACACUGGAGGAAACCCCACUUUUGCUCCUGAUGUUAUAUUAAUAGGGACUGAUGGUACGAAGCUGGCAUACGCCAACACCAGCCACGAGACGCCAGGUAUGCUGCAGAUAUCUGUUCCUCUGGUGGAAGGGAACUGGUUCCUGAUGGGGGAAGAACCAGCAGAAGCCGCUACUAGGACUCAGCUGAUGGAUGUGUUGCGAGACAUCAAGGGAAUCAUGCUGAAAGCACAUUAUCAUUUUGAUCAGGACGAGGUCCGGCUGGAGAGCGCCGGCGUGCGCGGUGCGAGCGGCGUGCGCGAGCGCUGCGCGUGCCCGGCCGGCUACACGGGCGCGCACUGCUCGCGCUGCGGCUGGCAGCACGCGCGGCUGCCGCACGCCGCACCGUCCACUCCUCGCUUUGAAUGUGUUGCCUGCGCCUGUAAUGGCCACGCUGGCUGCGAUACGGUGGACGGACCUUGCGGACCCUGCCAGCACAAUACCACUGGACCUCACUGCGAAAGAUGUCUUCCAGGACAUUACGGAAAUCCUGUCCAGGGAGCGUGCAAACCGUGCGCCUGCCCUCUGUACGAAGCCAGCAACAACUUUAGUCCUAACUGUGCGCUAGCCAGCGCUGAGGGUGACGAGUUUGUCUGCACGCAAUGCCCUGACGGAUACACAGGAGACCAUUGUGAGAACUGUGACUUCGGCUACUGGGGCUCCCCGACGACAGCGGGUAGUGAGUGUCGGCCGUGCGCGUGCGGCGGCUCGCCCUGCCACCCCACCACCGGGCUGUGUCUCACCUGCCCGCCGCACACCGAGGGCGCGCGGUGUGACUUCUGCAAGGAAGGCUACUGGUUCGGCGGCGCUGAAGACGGCGGUCCCCCGGCGGCGGGCUGCGUGAGCUGCGCGUGCGGCGCGGGCGCGCUGUCCGCCGCGUGCGACGCG